AUGGCCCCCGCCCUGCCCACGGCCCCAGCCACCCCCAACGUCACGGCCAACGGCAGCACGUCCCUGUUCCACCUGUUCGCGCAGCUGGACGCAGAACUGCAUGCGGCCUACCCCGGCCUGUGGCUGGCGCUCAUGGCCGUGCACGGCGUCAUCUUCCUGGCGGGGCUGGUGCUCAACGGGCUGGCCCUGUACGUGUUCUGCUGCCGCACCCGGGCCCAGACGCCCUCAGUCAUCUACACCCUCAACCUGGUGGUCACCGACCUGCUGGUGGACUUCUCGCUGCCCACGCGCUUCCUGGUGUUCUACGGCGCGCCCGGCUGCCCACGCUGCGCCUUCCCGCAUGUGUUCGGCUACUUCCUCAACAUGCACUGCUCCAUCCUCUUCCUCACCUGCAUCUGUGUGGACCGCUACCUGGCCAUCGUGCGCCCCGACGGCUCGCAGCGCUGGCGCCAGCCCUCCUGUGCUCGGGCCGUGUGCGCCUGCGUGUGGCUGGCGGCGGGCACCGUGACCCUGUCAGUGCUGGGCGUGGCAGCCGGCGACAGGCUGUGCUUCCGCGUGGUGGCACUGACCGUGCUGGAGUUCCUGCUGCCACUGCUGGUGCUCAGCGCCUUCACGGGCCGCAUGGUGUGCGCGCUGUCCAGGCCCGGUCUCCUGCCCCAGGGCCGGCAGCGCCGCGUGCGGGCCAUGCAGCUACUGCUCACCGUGCUGGUCAUCUUCCUCCUGUGCUUCACGCCCUUCCACGCCCGCCAGGUGGCCGUGGUGCUGUGGCCUGACGUGCCUCGGCCGCUGAGUCUCGUGGCUUACCAUGUGGCUGUGGCCCUCAGCAGCCUCAACAGCUGCCUGGACCCCAUCGUCUACUGCUUCGUCACCAGCGGCUUCCAGGCUAUGGUGCGUGGCCUCUUGGGCCGGCCGGGUGCAGAUGGCGAGCCCAGCAGCGGGGACGUGGUGGGCCUGCACAAGACCUCCAAGGGCACCGGGGAGCAGCACAGCCCCAGCCCCCGCGCCCUCCCGACAGCCCUGGCCAACGGGCCUGAGGCUUAG